AAUAGAUAUCUUACCUGUUGAAAAAUGAUCUAGAAUGCAUGAUACAAUUGCAAAAGAGGUUUUUUUGGUUGAAAGACCAUAAAAUAGAAUAUUAUCCAUCCCUACUAUUGGUCUUUGUUAUGACUUUCGCUUAUCAAUCCCAAUUUAAAUGCAAACAUUUUUGGAAGCCUGAUACUUAAGCAUAAUUCUUUUUGCUAAUGGUAUAAGGUUGGUCUCUGCUUAGGGAAUGGCUGGAUCAUUAAUGGUCCUUCUAAAGAAUAAAAUAGCAAAUUGAGAUUGUUAUGCUGUGGGUUACUCCUUCCUUGGACAAAAACUUAUGGAUAAACAAGCUUUAAAUAGUUUGGAUAGAUAGGAUAAGGUGGUGCCUUUUGAGUUCCAUUUCAUUUUUUCUAGGUUGUUUUGGAGGUUGACUUCUGUUGAAGGUGGCCUUUGUUGCAUAAUAAAUGGCCAGUUUGAAGAAGAGUGAGCUAUAUAGGAAAUAGGAAAUGCUAUACAGGAACUAUUUGAACUCAUACGUGUCUCAUUUAUCUAUGGCAAUCAAUCAAGCAUUGCAUGCAUAUAGAAUUCAUAUGGACGUGGAUGUCUCGACUUUUGUGCAUGUCCAACCACACCUUGUGCAACAACUGAAUGGGUUCGACUGUGGUAUCCUUGCACUAAAGUUCAUGGAAUUUUGGAAUGGGGCGACCUUAACUACUUCAGUGGCAGAGGACAAGCUGAACAUGUACAGACUCCAGCUAGUUGUGGAACUAUUGCUCAAUGAACGCAACACUGUUAGAGAUAAAAUUAUGGCCUCCUGUCAUUUGUGACUUUAUGGUUGAUGAUAAGUUUUUUUCCUAUCUGAUGCUACUUACCAUAUAAAGCAAUACUUGAUUGUAGUUUGUCCACAAAAUGACUGAAUUCAUAUCCUGUUAUGUGAUGAUGUGAUUUUGUUCCCAUUCUAAAACCAUUAUUUAUGUUCUAUAUUUAUUGUAUCUUAUUAAUUAUACAACAUCCCAUUGUAACAGUGACAGUAUGGUGAUGCUGAAUGUCAGGACUUUAUGUACACCAAUGGGCAACGCGUAAGGGAAAGAAAGACUGCAUGGUGAUGCUGUUGCUAUAGCUUACGAGAGGGAGUAAUAUCAGAAUGAGUCAUAUGUUAUCCUUUUUGUUCGGAUUGUAUGAAGCAAACUUGGUUUACCAUAUGAUCAAAAUUAGGGUUGUUCAUUAAUGUGAAAUAUUGUAUAUGAAAGGGAGUAGGAAAGGAGUUGUUCAUUAUUCUGGGGCAUCUUAUGUCAAUGUCAUAGGUAGGUUGGAGGUUUCUUUGGUUUGUUGACUAUAUUAGAAACAUUUUGCUGAUGUACAAAUUCCAAGGACUAUGUUUGUGUUUUGUUUUAUACAGGAAAUCCUAAUAGAGAUAAGGCAUUUGUUGCAUAUCCUUUCAA